GAACCAACUGACGAGGCCCUUAUAAAUUAUUGGCAUGAAUUUUUGCAAACAUCUUAUGGACAAUCUAAUGUCCCAGAUUGGUUUGUCAAAUUGCAAUAUGUCAUUCAAAGUCAAGAACGUGAAGAUGAACCUUCUCAAGGGCAGGAUGUAACUCAAGAAGAGUGGAUGGUAUUGUCAGACCUUCACACUCCUUUUGAAAAUUCUGAAGGAAUACCAGACUCGGCACAUGAUUGGCAUCUUGAUCGAGUUAAUUAUUCAGAACAGCAUAUUCGUGAAAUGCCUACAUGGAUAAAAACUAAGAAGGAAGACUACCGGUACUAUUGAUGAGCAGUAUGAUGUUGUUAAUUGACAUCAACAGCUUUAGUGAAAUGCAAAAACUUGCUUAUGACAUUGUUAAGUCUAAUUUUGAUGAUGCAUCGUCUGAAAAAGAGUCAUUAUGUCUGAUCAUAAAUGGUGUUGCAGGUACUGGUAAAAGUUACCUUAUUAAUGCUAUUCGAAACCUUCUACAAGGUAAAUGUGCUUUUACUGCUACAACAGGUAAAGCAGCAUACAAUAUAAAAGGUGUAACUGUGCACUCUUUAUUAACCUAUAGGGUCAAGAGGUAAUAAGGACCUAACCUGAGUAUCAGGCCCUCGGUAUUGAAAGAGGGCCUGACACAAUUCGCCUCUAAAGCCAUGUUCAACAUCCAGAAUCUGGAUGUUAUGCUGAUUGGCUAAGAGACGAUAAAACGCAUCAUGUGAUUCAAACCGGAAAUAUAUGACCGGCGUAUGUAAACACCAAAAAUAGAAUUUGUAAUUUUUUCAAUAUACUGUUAAAAGUGCUUUAUUUCUGAAAUUUAUUUUCAAUUAAUUAAGCCUAAAAAUGACAAAAUAAGUACGAAAAGACGUUGAAAACGCUUUUGCAGCAACAUUUUACUCGGUAUAAAACUAAAACUACAUAGUCAUAGUAGAAAGCGUGUCAAAAUAUCUCGCCGUAAUAGUCGCCGUAGAACGAAAAUAUGUGGAUGUCGGAAAUUUUCAAAUAUUUAGUUCCAAAAAGCUGAAGCCUUAUUUAUCAGUUUAUUGCCGAGCUGUUUUCCAAGACCUGCAAGGAUAUAGUAGUCAGCUCGCUCGAACUAAUAUGCCAACAUCAGGCAGAAAUUGAAGACAAUAGCCGCUGUGUCAGACGCAGUUGAAGCGAAUAGCUGUCUCGAAUAAACUAUUAACAUGACACGUGGAUCGAGGAAGAAGAAAUCCUAUUCAGAGCGCGGAAUGUUGUCUCUUUAGACUCCUGGAAAAAGCCAUCGAGCUAUGGUUCCCCGAAUGAGGCAUAGUUUACGCUUAUAAUUCCAUCAUGUGGAUAUUUCGACAAAAACAUACCGAUUUUUCUCCGUAUUUAUUCAAAUUUAUAUACAGUAAAACUGCAAAUAACGAAUUUGCGUAUUUACGUACCUGUAGCGGACAACCGGAAAUAUGCUACAACCGGAAAUAAUUUUAAUUGGCUGAUAUUCUGGGGGUGGAAAGCCCGUAGAGGCGAAUUGUGUCAGGCUCUCUUCAAUACCGAGGGCCUGAUACUCAGGUUAAUAAGGACCUGACAGGACAGACUUUGUGUAGGUUGCAGGAGAACCUUAAUAAUGUUGAAUACAUCAUUAUUGACGAAUAUUCCAUGCUUGGCCAAGUUACUUUUGGCUGGAUAGACAAACGUGGCAAACAAGCAACUGGUUGUAAUGGCAAAGUAUUUGGAGGAAAAUCUUUGAUUUUGACUGGUGAUCCAGGUCAAUUGCCACCAGUAGCAGAUAAACCUCUUUACCAUUCUAAACCAUCGAAUGCUGUUGGUGAACAAGGUUAUCAAGCAUAUCAUAUGUUUGAUAAAGUUAUUAAAGUCGCUGUAAAUCAACGAGUGCAAGGCAUGAGCUCUGAGCAAGUGAAAUUCAGAGAUCUGUUGUUACGACUUCGCAAAGGUGAGUCAACUGUGAAUGACUGGGAAUUACUUCUCACACGUCAAACAUCCAAUAUCUCAAACUUGACUGAAUUUGAAGAUGCCACUAGACUCUUCUAUAGCAAUGAGCAAGUUGGUAAUUACAACCAUAACCAGCUAGCUAAACUUGAGCAUCCUAUUGCUCAUAUUAAUGCUCGCCAUUCCUCUGCACUGGCAAAAACGAUAUCUGCAGAUGAUAUGUCUGGGUUGGAACCAGUUGUGUUUCUGGCAAAAGGUGCUAGAGUGAUGUUAACCAUGAAUUCAUGGCCAAGCGUUGGGCUCUGCAAUGGGGCUACUGGAACGUAA